AGAACGUGGUGUGGGUGUUUUGUUGUGCCUUGUGUGGCAACAAGAAGUCGGGAAGUGUACAUGUGAGAACGUGGGAAAUGUGUUAUAACGUUGUACAAGUAAAACAUGUGAAGUAACACGUGAUUUUUACCAUAUUUCGGGGACUAAUAACAAAAGAUCAAUUUAUGAUGGAUUGAAGAAAGCAUCAACGUUAUGUUUGGAUGGCAAUAUUUGGCGCGCAGAAGAACAUUUACUUAAAUCGACAAUGACGCGCUUUGCAAGGGCCCAUGGAUCAAAGUCUUCAAAUGAGCGAUUACCAGAAGCAGCAACAUCGUGGAAUGUAAUGAAACAGCAACUUACAGACAAGCUACAGUCUUCUAAGGCACUUGGAGAUUCAGCUACAUCUUUCCAAAAGAUUUGGAAAUCAUCAGACUUUGAUAGAGAUGUUUGGAACAAAAAUGAGGUUAAGUGGGCUGAUUUGGAAGACAAUGGGUGUGCAGAUAAAACUGUGAAAUCUGGUGAAGAGUAUAAUACACUUGAAAAAAAGAAUAAGAAGAGGAAGCAUAAUAAGACAUUUAUAAAUGAACAUUUUCCUGAAACCACAGGGGACAACGAGAAAAAAAAGAAAAAAAUGAGGAACAGAGACAGCACUGAAUUUCAUGAGUCUCAGUAUACAGGAAUUAAGUUGUCUAUGCCUGAUGGGGAUUUGCCACAUACUAGUAAUGUUGAAAAGGCAAAGAAGCUCAAAAAAAAGAAGAAAGAAGCUAAUGAUGAAGAGGGUAAUAUCAAUGACAUAGAGUUAGAGAAACAUGAAAUGUCAGAAGAUGCAGUGUGUGAAGAAAGUGGUAUAUCUCCAAAGUUCACCAUGGAAAAUAAUAUGAAAAAGAAGUUAGGAAAGAAGCGGAAAAGGAGUCAUGAUAGUAUAUCUGGCAUACAAGAUGAACAGCCUGCCAGGAAAUAUGGAAGUGGUCUGAAUGUAAAGGAGAACGUUAACCUUGAGAAAAGUGGUGAAUCAGAAGCAAGUGAUCAUCAGUUGAAAAAGAAACAUAAACGUUCUAAAAAUAAAAAUAAAACUGAAGAAAGUGGCUGCUUGGAUUUUGUCAAACAGAAUUUCCAUGAAGAAGGUAGUGAAAUUAUCCCAGGUGCAGAUGCUGAUGUGGUGCCAAGUGAAAAGCAUAGAAAGAAAAAGAAAUGUAAAGAUAAUGGAAGCAACACAGUAGUUGGUGUAGAUGCCAGUUUGAAUGGUGGCAAGCCGAAUUUUGAAUUGGGGGGUAAAGGAAGUCACACAAGUGUAACUUCAGAGAACGUGCAAAACGAAGGAAGAGAAAAGAAAAGAAAAAAAUUGUGGCAGCAAGAAAAUAACAAGAAAUUCAUGAAAAAACAUAACUUCUCUGUGGAAGAUAGAAAGAUAAAGAAGGGUGAAUUUGAAAAGAAGUAUCUGCACACAACAGUACUACACGUGAAUGGUAAGGAUAUAAAAAUAGUUAAGUUUGAUGGCUUCCCUGUGAAAAAAGAAGACGCAGAAAAUUUAAUACAACUGAAGAAGAAAAUGAUUGCAAAUGGGAUACCAGCUAGUGAAAUUAAAGCAACAAUGAAGUUGGAGAGGCGCAAGGCAGAGAAAGCACUGGCAAGAGAGAAGAAGAAAGUUUGUUUUCAUUGCAGGAAUUCUGGUCAUGUUCUAUCAGAAUGCCCAGAUCUGGGAAAGGCAGAUACAGAUGAUCUUGUAGGGAUGGGUAUUUGUUUCAAAUGUGGAUCAACAGAGCACAAGCACUUUGAAUGUCGUGUUACUAGGGAACAGGAAUUUCGUUACGCUAAAUGCUUUAUAUGUAAUGAGCAAGGACAUAUUGCUCGGCAGUGCCCAGAUAAUCCCAGAGGAUUGUAUCCAAAAGGUGGUGCGUGUCAUAUCUGUGGAGAUGUUACUCACCUGAAGAAAGAUUGUCCAGAUCUUAUUAAAGAAAAAGAAGAAAAAAUUAUAAAGUUGCAGACACUGACUGACAAGGCAUUAGAGGCAUUAGAAGAUGAUAAAAAUGCGAAGUCUGUCUCACUUAAUGAUGUUAAAAAAAAGAAGACUGUCAAAUUUUAAUGAGAUCUGGAAUUUUGUUUUGUAAAAAGAAAAGUAGUUGUUUAAGAUUAAAGGUUUAUAUUUUUAAAAAGAAACAAGUGUUGUAACGUGUUUGGUUUGUCAUGUAAGAGUUUUAUUAUUAUGCAGUGUGUUGAGUUUAAAGAAUAAAUAAUUUUUGAAGUAAA